AGCUUUCUAUCUGAAGGACUUCUCAGAGGCUUUAAUAGGAUUGUGUAUAUCCAAAAAGGAAUUCUCAAAAAAAAAAAAAAAACCCAAAACCCAAAACAACAAAACAAAACAAACCCUCAUAUGAGAUGCAUUUCCUACAUUGCUUUCCCAGGCUACACUGGGAAAUAGCUUAGCAGUGUUAAGCUGGAAGGUUUUCAAUUUCCAUUUUGACUGAGUCCUGUAAGGUUGGGAAUGAUAGAGGAGAGCCCACCUGUUCCAACCACCUGGAACAAGCCUGUUAUUGAAAACACUCAUUGCAGGGAGUAAUUUUAUCCAGUAGGUAAAAAGGAUAAGGCCAGAGUGAGAGAGGAAUACCUGAAGGGACAGAGAGAAAGAGAAUCAAGUGAUCUGAUUUUUGUCCAUUGGGGCCAGGCUUUCAAUGAAAUUACUGAAAGCUUAGAAUCAUUUCAGUACAUUUGUCAACUCCAAAAUCACAUUUCAGGAAUGGAUGUGCUCACUCAUGCGACCCGCCUAAAAUGUAUGCCCCUCCACAAGACGGUUUACUGUCUGAAUGUGGAGACUGAGACUCCCCUGCUCAGAUAAUUCAGAAAAGGAUUAGGUAGAAACUAUUGGCUUCACAACUGACCCCCAAGCUCCCCAGGGCUUGCCCUUCAUCUCUCUUGUACCCACCUGUCACCUGCUGGGUCGGGCACCCCAGAGACUAGCAGGUUGGCCUGGCCACCCGGAAACGCCAGGUCUGAUGAUGCAGGGAAUUAAGAUCCAAACUGACACCCGACAGAGAAUGGAGAAUGCGGGACAGAGGUUGUUGCGGCGGACAAAAGAGACCCUGGGUCUGACUGACUAGGUUUUGCUGGGGGCCAGGUCUAAGCUUUAUGAGAUGCCAGAGGAGGGCAGCGAUGCCGGGCUCUAGGGGCCAGUUGGAGGGCUCAGUCAGGCCCACGCUUGGGUGGGGAGGCCCGGCGAGCCGGUCCGUGGAGGGCCUCGAACACCCAGCUAACAGCCCAUACUAGACUGCUUCUGGUAGACUGGGUGUAGGAAACAGGUUUUCUGUGAUGUUUAUCCAUGACAAGCCAUCUGUCCACACGCCUCGAUGAGUCAUACACCGCCUGCGGCGGCACCUAGUCCAACUAAGGCUCUACCGGGGCGCUGCAACUGGACCCUCCUCUGACCGCGGCGCGCGACGUCGCGGGUCUAAAGGCGCCCCUCAGAACCCAACAGCCGCCUUGCCCACGGCCUGACCCCGCCCCCUUCCCCGGGCCCGCCCCUGGGGGGCGGAGACGUCGGAGCUGUGAGCAGAGCCGAGAGAAGACCGCAGUGGCGCUCGGCGUCGGCACGCCCGGCCCUCGAGCGCGAGGAGCUCUGAGAGCUGAGCGCGAAGACUGCACAGGCGAGUUCCGCAGGGCUAGUGUAGCACGGUGCCCGGGUUCUCGCGUUUGGCCGAGCGAUGUGCCCGGGUGUCAGGGCGCGGGAACCUGGGCUCAGGUGAAGCUCUGGGAAAGGACAGCGAGGCGGCGACGAGAUGCAAGCGGAGGAGCCCUGCGCCCCCGGCGCUCCUGGUGACCGCGGUACCCAGAGAGACCAGCGCGCACCCAGCCCAGAGCCGCGCCUGUCUAGCCAGCUGCUACCGGAGCUGUACACCUUUGCGGCGCGAGUGCUUUUCUACCUGGCUCCCGUCUACCUAGCCGGCUACGUGGGGCUCAGCAUAACCUGGCUGCUGCUCGGCGCUCUGCUGUGGAUGUGGUGGCGCAGGAACCGCCGCGGGAAGCUUGGGCGUCUGGCGGCCGCCUUCGAAUUCCUGGACAACGAACGCCAGUUCAUUAGCCGCGAGCUGAGGGACCAGCACCUGCCGGCCUGGAUCCACUUCCCGGAUGUGGAGCGGGUCGAGUGGGCCAACAAGAUCAUCUCUCAGACCUGGCCCUACCUGAGCAUGAUCAUGGAAAACAAGUUCCGGGAGAAACUCGAGCCCAAGAUCCGGGAGAAGAGCAUCCACUUAAGAACCUUCACCUUCACCAAGCUCUACUUCGGACAAAAGUGCCCCCGGGUCAACGGCGUCAAGGCACACACUAACCAGCGCAACCGGAGACGGGUAGUCCUGGACCUGCAGAUAUGCUACAUCGGGGACUGUGAGAUCAGUGCAGAGCUGCAGAAGAUACAGGCUGGUGUGAAUGGGAUUCAGUUGCAGGGCACGCUGCGGGUCAUCUUGGAGCCCCUCCUGGUGGACAAGCCCUUCGUGGGAGCUGUGACCGUGUUCUUCCUUCAAAAGCCGCAUCUGCAGAUCAACUGGACAGGCCUGACCAACCUACUGGAUGCACCAGGAAUCAAUGAGGUGUCAGACAGCCUGCUGGAGGAACUCAUUGCUGCCCACCUGGUGCUGCCCAAUCGUGUAACUGUGCCUGUGAAGAAGGGGCUGGACGUGACCAACCUGCUCUUCCCUCUGCCCUGUGGAGUGAUCAGAGUCCAUUUGCUGGAGGCCGAGAUGCUGGCUCAGAAGGACAGCUUCCUAGGGAUCCGAGGCAAGUCAGACCCCUACGCCAAGGUGAGCAUUGGCCUACAGCAUUUCCGGAGUAGGACCAUCUACAAGAACCUGAACCCCACCUGGAAUGAGGUAUUUGAGUUUAUAGUGUAUGAAGUCCCUGGGCAGGACCUGGAGGUGGACCUGUAUGAUGAAGAUCCCGACAGGGAUGACUUCCUGGGCAGCUUGCAGAUCUGCCUUGGGGAUGUCAUGACGAACAGAGUGGUGGAUGAGUGGUUUGUCCUGAAUGACACAACCAGUGGGCGGCUGCACCUGCGGCUGGAGUGGCUUUCACUGAUUGCCAACCCAGAAGCUCUGAUUGAAGACCAAGGUGGCCUUUCAACUGCCAUCCUUGUGGUCUUCUUGGAGAGUGCCUGCAACCUGCCGAGAAACCCUUUUGACUACCUGAAUGGUGAAUAUCGAGCCAAAAAACUCUCCAGGUUCACCAAGAACAAAGUCAGCAGAGACCCUUCUUCCUAUGUCAAGCUAUCUGUAGGCAAGAAGACACACAUGAGCAAGACCUGUCCCCACAGCAAGGACCCAGUGUGGAGCCAGGUGUUUUCCUUCUUUGUGUCCAACGUGGCAGCUGAGGAGCUGCAUCUGAAGGUUCUUGAUGAUGACCAAGAGUAUGCUCUGGGAGUGCUGGAGAUCCCCCUGUGCCAGAUUCUACCCUAUACAGAUCUCACCCUCGAGCAGCGCUUUCAGUUGGACCACUCAGGCCUGGACAGCCUCAUCUCCAUGAGGCUGGUGCUUCGGUUCCUGCGUGUGGAAGAACGAGAGAUGGGGAGCCCAUACACAGGACCUGAAGCCUUAAAGAAAGGUCCUCUGUUCAUUAAGAAGGUGGACACCAACCAGGAACCUAAAGCCCCAUCCCAGGGAGAAUGCCCUGCAAAUUUGCCAUGCCCCCCAGAUCCUGCUUCUGAUACCAAAGAAACCUCCAAGAGCUCCAUGUCAGCCACCAGUGCCACUAUUGUUACCACUGAGCCCAUGCCCCAAGAGACAGGCUCAGAGCCCAGAGGCAAGGACCAUGCCAAAGGGUUCUGUGAGUCCUUGGGGAAGAAGAAGAGUUCGGGCACCAUCUUCCUGACUGUCCCAGGCCCCCACUCUCCAGGGCCCAUCAAGUCACCCAGACCUCUGAAAUGCCCUGCCUCCCCACUCGCAUGGCCGCCCAAGAGGGUGGCUCCCAGCAUGUCCUCGCUCAACUCCUUGGCCUCCUCCUGCUUUGACCUGACAGAUAUCAGCUUCAACAUUGAAGGUGGGGAUCUCAGGCAGUGGAGGCUGGGUGAGAUUCAGCUCACUGUGCGUUAUGUGUGUCUGCGGCGCUGCCUCAGUGUGCUCAUCAAUGGCUGCAGAAACCUGACACCCUGUACCAGCAGUGGAGCUGAUCCCUAUGUCCGUGUCUACUUGUUACCAGAAAGGAGGUGGGCAAGUCGUAAGAAGACCGCAGUAAAACGGAAGACCCUGGAGCCCCUGUUUGAUGAGACAUUUGAAUUUUUUGUACCCAUGGAAGAAGUAAAGAAGAGGUCACUAGAUGUUGCAGUGAAAAACAGUAGGCCACUUGGCUCACACAGAAGGAAGGAGCUAGGAAAAGUACUGAUUGACUUAUCAAAAGAGGAUCUGAUUAAGGGCUUCUCACGAUGGUACGAGCUGACUCCAGAUGGGCAGCCCAGAAGUUGAUGAGCACCCCUACCACCUUUAUAUUAAAAUGUGUACAUAUGUAUAUUUUGUACUUUAAAUCAGAACAGCCAUUUGAAAAUAUAUACAUACAUUUUUGUGUGAAAUUUAAGUACAUGACUGGAUAAUAUUAGGAAGAGGUAAACAUAUAUAAAAGUACUACUCUCGGUUGGAUUUAGUUGUUGAAAUCCAGAAAGAAAUGUGGUGUUCAUACCUAAUAAAUUAUCAGAACCUCACUGGUGAUUUUUUUUGUAGGUAAUUAUAUACCAUAUAACUUGGGAUUUGCCCAAAUGUAUGUGUCAAAAGUGUCCUGUCUCAGACAUUAGGGAUGAAGGAGAUCUGUCCCUGGAACAGCUGCCAAUGACUGACCAAGGGAAGACGCUUCUUUUAUGGGAAUAAAAAGUGACCCACA